CCAUCGUCCGCACCAUUCCUCCCCGACGGUGUGGGGAGGCACUCACUCACCAGGUGUACUAGUCCUCGUGUGUUCCUCGUGGGCUGUGUUUCCCUCCUGUCACGUGUUGAUACGGUGUUCCCACUUAGUGAAGUGAUUGUGCUUCAAGAUCAGUGAUCUCGUUCGCGGGAUGUGUUCAGUGAAGUGUGUGUGACCCAUGAUUAAUAAGAUCACUUAUGGGAUGUGUUAGUGUCAGAAACACAGAGUUCUUUAACCAUUCUAAAUCAUAACAGGUCGUGGACCUCUUCAUCUUUUGGGCCUCAUGCCCUAAACGGCUCUGAUCGCUAAAAUACCAAACCUAAGUAAACAAAGACCUUAACCUGGACCUUCAGACAAGAACCCUUGACCUGAAGCUUCAAAGUUAUGAGUAUAAGUUAGAAGUGGCAAAUUCAGGGCAUGGCAUACCUCUUCAGCGCCGGAGGAGCACCCAAGACAAAUUUAUCGGACUGCAGAUAUGAGGAGGAGCAGGAACUACAGCAAGUGGCCUUUAGGUUUAUGAAGAAGCGCGACAAGGAACGUAAAGCCAAGGAAUUAAAGGAGCGGGCAAAGGUAGAAAGGGAACGCAUCAGGGCCCAGCAAAAAGCUCUCAAGGCUCUCCAGAAGUCCAAUCCCAACAAGAAAAGUGUUGUUUUUCCGGUGCAAGGACAAGAUAUACAGAUGGCUGAGGGGGCCCAAGAGGAUGAUGGGAACUGCGUGAAACUGUGCUGCGAGGAACACAAGGCAGUAGGGUAA